AUGGACUCUACCCGCGAUCUUGAUACAUAUAGUGGCCAGGGUGUCUUAAGUCGUCUUAAGUCAACUAAUUUAAUAAACAAAAAUGUGGGUGUCUUAAGGCCUAUUGGACUUAAGACAUCUGUAAUUUUAAAACAUUUGCAUUUUAUG